AUGGCCGGAUACAUCGAUCGGACGAACAUAUUUCACUACGAAAUUGCUCGUUUAGGUGGAACUACCCCUAGCAUUUUGAACAAGGAAUAUAACAAAAAUCACAUUGAUGAACAGUCAAACAAUGUCAAAAAUGAACUCAAUUCCCUUGACCUUAAAUUGGACAGGUUGGCUGAAUUAUCAAAGAGAAGUGGAAUUUACAGCGAUAAUUCUGACCAUUUGAAUCACUUAAUCAACCAAAUCAAGAAAGAUUUGUCUGAUAUUAAUGAAAAUCUUGAAACACUUUCCACUUCCAAUAAACAAAUGAAAUACUCAAAUAAACACACAAAAUUACACUAUGCAAACAUUGUUGAUUAUUUAAAAUCAUCAUUCGUCUCCAAAACUAACAAAUUUAAGGAUAUUUUGCAGCAGCGUACUGAGACCAUGAAAAAGCAAGAAAAUAGAAGGAAAAUGUAUACCUUCCGCGGAAAUACUUCUUUAACACCUUCAAAUAAUCAUACCUCAUCAUUUGUGUUGGAUGAGGAGAUACAACAGGUUCAUGAUAGGAAAAAUGUUGACAUUGAAAGUGGUCAAGUAAUUAAAAAUAGGGGAAGACAAAAUUAUAUUGCACAAGCAAGGCAAGAGGCAAUCGUAAAUGUGCAACGUGCCAUAUGGGACCUAUCGCAAAUCUUUAACAAGGUAGCACAAAUGGUAUCAGAGCAGGAUAUGAUGAUACAGAGAAUAGAUGAGGAAACUGAUAUUUCAAUUGAUAAUAUUAAAAGGGGGCAAAUUGAGCUUUCAAAAUAUCUCAAAAAACUGUCAUCUAGGAGAGGCUUGAUUAUCAGGAUGCUUUGCAUCAUAUUCGUCUUCAUCAUUAUAUUUGUGCUAAUCAUUAGAUAG